CCUGCUUGAAAACUCUCCAAGUAAAUUGGAACUGUGGUGCACUUUGAAUUUUUAUUUUUUUGCACAAAUCCCUGACUAUCUUCAAUUUAAUAACGUUCUGCCGAAUAACAAAAAUUAUUAUAUAGUUACAGCAAGCGAAUUCUGAAAGCAUUAUGAGAUAAAGUGUUGUGAGCUGAAAAGGUUAUUACAAAGUGCAAAUCCUGGUUGGAAUGAAAAAGUUCCACAUCAAAUUACCACCACUGCUGAUUGUAUUGGUCGCCAUGGCUGUCGGUGUGUGCUCGAAAUAAGUGCGUGCGUAGCUAUUUUGCCUAUUUUGUUAUUCCGACGGAAUCAACGAACACUCCAAUGGCAAACGCCGGUAAUGAACAGAAUGAAGCCUUUUGGGCUCCGGAUCAACGUAAUCAUAUGUCACCGCAACAACAGCAGCAGUUUGUUACACCCGGUGGAUCAUCGAUUAGUGGAACUUCAAACAAUUAUUUUCAGCCGACCGCUGAUUCUAGUUUUAAUUACGGUCCUCCGUCGAAUGCGGACAAUUUUACUGUGCUAUCCGAUGGAUUCGGGAAUUUCAUUAAAGUUUACCAUCAAACCAAUGAAGAUGUUAACUUGAGCAAUCCAUCUGGAAAAUACGACUAUGAGUUAUUUUCAAACAAUACCAAUUUUGUGCGACCUCCGCCGCCUUUUGGGUAUAUGUUUCACCAACAGCAUCAACAACCCACAGCACCAGUCACAACAACAGUUCCAUCGGAGAAUGCGGCUAGCAAUACUAAUCUUAUCAACCAACUGGUUGGAAACUGGGCUCCAACCAUAUCCGGAACGUAUUCACCCUUUGGUAGUGGUGGUGCAUCCCUUCUCGCCGAAGGCUUGCCGCGAUCUUCACAGGAAACAUUUUUGCAAGCUAAUCAGUCGAUUCAACAAUUGCAUCAACAACAAUCUUUACCCGAACCACAGACCGCGCAAAAUUCUCCCGUACAUCAACCUUCCCAAAUGAUGCCUUCCUCCGUUCCGACUGUUAAUCUUCCGCAGCCAACAUCUUUACCCGUAGCUUCAUCUACUACAACUUCUACUAAUAUCAACAAUUACAACCAACUAAACGAUGACAACAGUGCUAAGCUGAACCAGAAUGUCAACAAAAAGCAACGGAUCGUGGCCGAGGUUAAGCCGAUGCGAAUGUCCUAUUCGGAUGUGCUAAGUAAAAACGUAGCGCAAUCGGCUGUUUUGACUGCUACGCCAUCAUCAACUGGUACAAAUAAUAAUUUUGGAAAUGCUUCAACAGUAACCACAAAGCUGAUGGCAAAUUCUAUUGCCUCUAAUAAACAAAAUAAAUGCAAGAAGUCGCAGUCAACAACAAAUGGUCAAGAAGACAAGUUUGUUCGAAAGUUAGAGCGAAACAACGGCAUCAGUAGCAAAAAAACGACAGCGGGAAUACAAUCGGGUGGAAGUACGAAUACCCAGCAGUCCGUUGAAAAUAUUGGCGGAAAUUCCAAGUUAUCCAAUGCAACUGAAAAAUCGACUAAAAGGACGGACAAACCUGGGGCAGCCAAAUCAUCAAAAGGCGGAAAUGGUCAGGCUUUCAAGAAGAAUCGAGCGCGAAAUUUUAAUGACUCAUAUACAAUUCAGGAUGUUCAGAACGUGUCGGGCAAAGAUACGGCCAGUGUAGAGCAGGUUGGUGAAUCAAGUGUUAAUGAAGAAGUUCAAGAUGAGAACGAAGAUUCCGUAGAAUACGAAGAUGAUUCACAAUCGCAGUUGCCACAAAAUUCUUUUAUGUAUAAUGUUAAGAAAACCAACAAUCUUAACGAUACUCAUAUUGAGAAGAUCGGUACCAGUUUGCGUAGCUCAUACAAGCGUGGCGGUCGGGCCACGGGUGCGGGUCGUACCAAGAUGGAAAAAAUCAACCAACAAACAAGCAGUAAGCGGGGACAACGUCCACGGAAGAAUCAAAAGUACGUGAUCAUUCAGAAAAUUGUCAAUGCGUGGAUUGAAUACACUGCUAUUGUUUUACUAUGGUUGUGGUCUCUGGUGACUGACGUAGUUUAUUUAAGUCUGCGACUCUGUUGGGAUUAUUUGGUAGCUGCAUACCAGUAUUGUCAGCAGCAUGCUGUAAGCCUCAAAAAGGAGCUGCAACAGAAUCGACCCGGAACAUGGCUUAAAGGCAUAUGGAAAUCGUUCGACAAUAGGUUUUCUAAGGAAUCGAAAUGGGCGUUUUGGCGACGUGGAAAUAAACGGUCGGCUCCACCUGAUGAGCAAGCCACCUCCGCCAAAAACUACUACAAAGAUGGUCGUUUACCAUCGACGGCAGAUGAGGCAAUGUCUUCGCUGUUGAACUGCAAGGGCAAGGAUGCUUACAGUAUUCUCGGCGUUAGUCCCGAGUGUUCACAAGAGCAGAUCCGAAAGCAUUACAAGAAGAUUGCCGUACUUGUACACCCAGACAAAAACAAGCAACCUGGAGCCGAGGAAGCUUUCAAAGUGCUGCAGAGAUCGUUCGAACUGAUCGGCGAACCAGAGAACCGUAAAGCAUACGAUCAAAGUUUGGCCGAAGCUUUGAAUGCUGAGAAAGCCUGGUCCGAAAUUAACGACCUGUUGACACAGUUGCAUACGAAAAUCUCGGAAGCCGCUAAUACUAUUCGAUGUAGUAGUUGUUGUCUCAGACACCCUCGCAAGUCAACAGGGCGACCCCAUUACGCUGCCAGAGAGUGUAACUCGUGUAAGAUUCGACAUUCCGCUAGAGAGGGUGAUAUCUGGGCUGAAACUAGUUUCUUCGGGCUACGUUGGAAGUACCUGGCUAUGAUGGAAGGUAAUGUGUACGAUAUUACUGAAUGGGCCAACUGUCAAAAAGGGGCACUGUCUCAUUUGCAACCUAAUUCGCACAUUGUUCAAUAUCGGAUCGUUCUUGGUGGAUCACAGCAGCAGCAGCAACAACAGCAACAGAACCAACAGCAAAGUCAACAACAUUCAAGUGGUCAGGGUCAGUCACACGAAAAAGAUAGCAGUCGUGCUCGUAAGGAUGCUUCACCAAGUGAACCCAAUUUGGAUGACUUCCUUAACAAUAUUUACGCAGGACAAAACCAGCAAGGGCAACAGCAAGCGCAGAGCAACGCUCGUCGGCGACAUCGCAGAAACUAAUAUUUCAUCUCAUUAUGUAACUUAGAUGUUCUAGUUUACAGUCGACGCAUUAUAGAGAUUAACCAGUGUUAGCUUAUAGUUUAACCGCAAUUAUGUGGUUAAUACUUCCUCCAUCUCUGACUUGUUUUUGAUUGUUUUUCGUACCACAAAAUUGUGCGUAUACUGUGCGUACUUCAAGCGAUUAGUUUUGUCGUAAUCCUUUUUGUGAAUGCGUUGGAGGCAGGGGAAGUAAAGAAUAUAAUAUCUAUCAUAAUCAGUAGCGAUUGCUAGUUGGCUUCGAGUCGUUUACCAGUAACUCUCAAAUAUACCUAUCAUUAUAGCUGGAGCAAAAACCUGCCAUUAAAACAGCAGUAAUAGAAAUUGAAAGCUAAAAUAAAAAGAGCUGCGGACAA